AUGCAUUUGAGAGACAGCAAUUCUAACUUUUCAUAUGUUGUCCUCUUUCAGUGUGACGAGAAAUGGCCUACAUGCACCCAGUGUAUACGGAAGAGCUUGAAAUGUCCUGGACCAGCCUCCUUGAUCAAGUUUGUCAAUCAUCAUGACGAGGGCCAGGGAAGACUGCGAAUAGAGAACCAGGUUAGUCAUGGAGUAGGGGUCUUGGAGCCUCUUCGGAGCAAACGACACCGUCCACCAGAAGGCACCAAGAGCCUGGCGAGUGUUGACAAGGCUCUGACCAAAACUUUUCGUUUCCGAACCACGCCCCGUCCGAAUCUGACCACGACGGCGGACCGCAUUGGUUCACGCAUUGUAUACCAUCUCGAUGGCAAACGAGACUGGGGUUGGGUGUUCUCGAUGCACUACCUGGAGGAUUUGCCGAGACGUCUGUCAGAAAGCACUAGUUUACAGCAUACUGUGGGUUUGUUCUGUACCGUCUUUGGAGAAUAUCGUCGUGGCGAGUCAGCGAAGGAAUUCGUCACCUUGCCUGCCUAUGGCAAGGCCCUUCGUAGCUUGCGGCGGGCAAUUGCACCGGGUAAAACGUUGACCGUGGAGACACUGGCAUCGAUCAUGAUGCUGGAACGUACGGAGAAUGUUUUCAAUCGGGGACGUGAUGCUCUAUGUGUGACUCAUUCAGCGGCUAUUGCAAACAUCAUACAAGAAUUAGGGCUUCCAAAGUCUGACGACGGACUCCACCGUGGUCUGGUUACGGAUAGUUAUGGCACCAUGGCCCUUUACUUUAUGAACGAAGGCCGCAACAACUUCAUAACAGAAGAUCCGUGGGGCGAACUUGUUGCGGACACUAUGGCUUCAUUCAUUGAAAGCGAAGAUCUAAGACCAUAUUUUAAACGAAGUCUCAUUACAUACAAUGAAGUCUUCAGGUCAGCACGAGACUUGAUACUUCGUUGUCAAAUGGUCCGUUCUGUGCCUCAAGAUGCAGAAGCCUCAGCACAACUGAUCCGAGACCUUUCCGGCACCGAGAACGCCCUAGAGAGGGGAUAUAAGGAAUUACUUCAGAAAUCUUUUGACUUGGGUUUGAUACACGAACAGCAUGAUCCCGGUUCUAUCGCUGGAAGUAUUUAUCGGCCAUCACUCGUCCGCGUGGCUCAAACCAUGAUAUCAUCACUCGGCCUACGGCUUAACUUACUGCGGAUGCUUUAUGAUUGUAGCGUCAUUCGUGGAGCUGAUGAUGUUGAGCUUUUAUUUGCGAGAUUCAGAAAUUUGUGUGUGGAGGCGUGGAGGUUCAUACCCUUUGUUCAAAGUCUGGAGGCUUGCGUUGCGUCAAGCUCAAUAGCCUACCUUUUCCCGACUCUUGAAGUAGCAAAUGCUGAAGAAAAAGAAGCCCUGAUCGACUUGAUCCUCGAUUUGGAUGGAUAUCUUCAUCGCUUGCCCAGAGAGAGAGAUGCGUUGGAGAAAAUGGCCUUAUAUCUCACCAUGACGGUGACGGGCCGAGUCCCUCUUCCAACUUUAAAUUGA